UCUCGAGAAUCAUUGGAAACAUUAAAUUAGAUAAAUCGCUUUCUUAAAAAUAAUCUUUCUUUAUUUUAACAAAAAUAUUUCUUUUAGUCAAUAGAAAUUUUAAAAUUCAAGAAAUGUGUAUAUUAAACUAAAUUUUUCAUCCCUAAUGAAUUUAUUUCAUUGAAGUAAUUAAAAUUUUAGAACGAAAAAGAAUUUUUUCCCUAUAGAAGUGGGUCACACAAUUUGUUUUAAAUGAAAUCAAGAAACCAUGCCAACGAUUUAGAAUCAAAUCAAUACUCCUACAACUUCAGCUCCUGUCAUUUCAUAGGUUUCAUAUACAAUUAACCCAAUUUUUUUUAUUUUUGUAAAUAAGUUUUCCCUUGUUUUCUUCUCAUAACAUUUCGACUAAUUCCCUUUGUUUUGAGGCAAAAAUGGGGGAGAGAAAAUUUAUCUGGAACGAAGUUAUCGAAGGAAUUUCCCUUGCAGGGUAUGUUAAUUAUUGUUUACUUUUUCAACAGAGUAAGAAAAUAAUGUUUUCUUUUUCAAUUUGAAAAAAAACAGAAUUUCGAAAUUGGAAGAAGAUCAAAUUAAAAAUAGAGGGGGAUCGAAAUUAAAUCAAAAGGAUGUCGCUAUUUUUUGUCCACAUUCGUAUUUGGUUUUCAAUUUUCAAGAAGCUUUGAGCACAAAUCAAGAGAUUUUUACAGAUAAAAUUCCGUAAGCAUUUUAUGAGAAAAAGCGAAUCAAAGGAGCACGAUAUCGUUUAUCUUCAAGAUGUAAAAAAUUUGGUUUUAUAUCUAGCAACAAAUCGAAUAAGUGUACAAUUCAUCGACUUCUUUCACUUACCAAUAGCCGAUCGUUUUUUGCGUGCACUCAUAAUUUAUUUUCAAUACUAUUUCGAGAUAUGGGAGGAAAUGCUAAAUAGACGAAAUGCAACUCAGAAGAAAAUUAUCAAUCCCCUAGCACACGGUGAUUCAUUGAAACGAGAAAAUAAUUUAAACUCCCUAAGAAUAAUUUUAGCCGGUGAAUAUUCAAAUUUAUUAAUUGGUUGCAAAUAUGGUGGGCAUUAUCAUCAUAUGAUGACCGGUGGUAAAAAUAAGCCACUCGUCCAAUCACAACACGAGAAGGAUUUGAGGAUAUUUGAAACUCUGCUGGCAGUUUCUCAUCAAGUUGUUUGGAUCACUCUGCAGCGGAAAUUUUACAAUUUAAUUGAAAUUGAAUUGCAUAGAAUGUUUAGAACCGAUUCUUACAAUACAGCAGAGAGGAGAAAUUCUGAAUUGAUGAAAAAUAUUAAAGAAAGUGAACGUAUUGAAUUGCAUGGACCAAAAAUGCGGUCGAGAAGAAAACUUUUGAGAAAUUCGUCGUUGCCAUAUCAGUUAUUAAAUUCAGAUUGCGAUUACCGUCUUUUGGCUCUAGAUUCCUUGACAUCGAAAGAUCCGCAAAUUAUUUUUUUUCAAAAUGCUCUACACCUCGAAGAAGAAAAAUUUGCUGAACUUGGAAUAAAAGUCGGAAUUUUGGGAAUGCCACGUUCAAAUUUCGAUCAUUUACUACUGCCAAUUUCGGAGUCACCGAAAAAGGACGAAGACUCACAAAAUCAAUUAUUCCUAUGGAAAAUUAAUCUUGAGAAAUCUUUCGAGGAAAUUCCAAAUGCUCGAUCGAAUCUCGAGUUGGAUUUAACACAGGAAAAAUCGAAAUUCCCUUCUAGUAAAAGAUACAAAAAGUCUUGUAGAGACGAAAGAAGAAAGUGGAUUGAUCGGGCAAUUAAUCUUGCCGCUAGAAGACAAAAGGACACAAUAUCGACGACAACGACAACAUGGGAACAUAAUUGAAAUUAUGGAUAAAUAAAUUUUUCCUAGAAAUUUUGAAGAAAUAUAAUUUUUAAUAAGUCCUUGAAGCAUCAUAGAAAAAGAUAACACUUUAAAAUCUCUCGCAAAUACUUGGGAGAUUUUUAAAACUAGCGAAUAAAAAAAAUUAGGAAAUAUAAAUGAGUAUUAACAAUUGUGACAUGCUCCGAAGAAAGGUAUCUGAAAAAAGAAAAAAUUAAAGUAAAUAUAACACAAUCAUAACCUUAAAAUUAUUUGUUUCUAUCUUUUCUUUAGAGUUCGCC